AUGGGCGACCAUGUUACUCCUCUUGAGAAAUUCUUCCUCGUCAUCCAGACUUUUAUGUCCGGGAAGCAGUCCGGCACGCCGAUGACUCAAUCCGCCGCAUCGCGGAUCCAAGCGGCGGAAGCCAAGGCCGGAAACGGCGGAGUGAAAGCGGGCGGCUUUGCUGCGCGCGCGCAGUCCGCGGCCGCGCGCACUGGGGGGGAAAGCAAGGGGGGCUCUCAUUCUGCCCACUCCUCUGGAAGGACUAAGGGUUACAAGUGA